AUGGCUUGUAAAUUGCCCAGUCAAAGAAUAAAUGGCUUCCAAACCAGCCCUGGGGACAUUGUGAUAAGAGGAACCUUCCCAAUUCAUUUGGACAGGCUCCACCAUAACUUUGAUUUCACUAGCAAACCUCAAGAAGUCCAGUGCCAGAGGUUUGCUCCAGAGUAUUACCAGAGCAUGCAGGCCCUAAUAUUUGCUGUACAGGAGAUUAACCAAGACCCUGAGCUCCUCCCCAACAUUACAUUGGGCUUCCAGAUUUUUGACACUUGUAUUGCUUUACGCCGAGCAGCAGAAGGGGCACUCUGGAUGUUGUCUGGUGAACAAGAUAUUACACCAAAUUAUUGCUGUGACAAGGGGGCGCCUCUUGCUGGCAUCGUUGGGGACUCAGGGUCUACAAGAUCUAUUCUUAUGGCUCAGAUUUUGGGACUGCGGCAAUACCCACUGAUCAGUUAUUUUGCAAGCAACCCUCUUCUUGGUGAUCGGAACCUGUUUCCCUCUUUUUUCCGCACCAUACCUAGUGAUGAGUUUCAGGAGAUUACAAAUUCUGGAGCUUGCAUUGCCUUCAUUCAAAAUAUCUUGACCGGUCAACCAAACAGAAAUGCACCACACAUUGCCCAGGUCAUUAAGGAAUCAACUGCAAAAGUUGUGAUCGUAAUUGCAUCUGACUCCGACUUUCUUAUUGUGAUGGAAGAACUGCUGAGGAAAAAUGUGUCUGGAAAUAUCUGGCUUCUCGGCUACGUUAAAAAUGUAAAUUUUCAGACCAAAGAUGGAAGGCACAUUUUCUUUGACGCAAAUGGAAAUCCUCCGGCUCGUUAUGACAUUGUCAACUGGCGUGUGAAUGCAAAGGGAGGGUUGGAGCAAGUUGUAGUUGGAAGCUAUGACUUAAAUGCUGCAGAUGGGAAGAUACUGAAAGUAAACAGCUCCGCUAUUACAUGGGCCAAUAGUAAUACACAGGUCCCUGUUUCCAAGUGCAGCCCAAAUUGUACACCUGGAUUUAGGAAGGUUAUAGUACCUGGGAAACCUCAUUGCUGCUAUGAGUGUGCUCCAUGUCCCCAAGGACAGAUGUCAAACCAAACAGAUUCUGUGGAAUGUCAUCCAUGCUCCUGGAACCGUUGGCCCAAUCUACAACAGGACAAAUGCCUACCAAGGCCUACAGAGUUCCUUUCCUAUGGAGAUCCUUUGGGCUACAGCUUAGCAGUCACAUCGAUCCUCUCCUCCCUGAUCCCACUAAUUAUGUUUGGAAUUUUUUUGCAUUAUAAGAAAACACCAGUAGUCCGAGCCAACAACUACUCCCUUAGCUGCCUUCUCCUGCUUUCCCUGUUCCUCUGUUUUCUUUGCUCUUUAGGGUUCAUUGGUUACCCACAGCCUGAAAAGUGCCUUCUGCGCCAGGUGGCAUUUGGGAUGGUUUUUGCCCUCUGCAUCUCCUGUGUUCUGGCCAAAACCAUCAUUGUAAUUCUUGCUUUUAAUGCAACCAAACCCGGCAGCAGUUUGAAAAAAUGGAUAGGAGUAAAGCUGUCCUUGUGUGUCAUUGGAUUUUGUGUCUCUAUUCAAUUCUUUGUUUGUUUGAUGUGGUUGAUCGUCUCCUCACCAUUCUCUGAACUUGACACUGAGACAAAACCUGGAAUCCUCAUUGUUAAUUGCAAUGAAGGGUCAUCCAUUGCUUUCUGGUGCAUGCUGGGAUACCUUGGACUCUUGGCCUCCAUCAGUUUCAUUGUUGCCUUCCUGGCCAGACGCCUCCCUGACAGUUUCAAUGAAGCCAAAUUGAUCACAUUCAGUAUGUUGGCUUUCCUCAGUGUGUGGGUGUCCUUUAUCCCAGCCUAUCUCAGUGCCCGGGGCAUGUAUACUGUGGCAAUGGAGGUCUUUGCCAUCUUGUCUUCCAGUUGGGCUGUGGUUGCCUGUAUCUUUGUGCCAAAAUGUUUUAUUGUAUUGUUUAGACCCACCAUGAACUCCAGAGAACUUUUGAGUAAAGGAAGAGGUCAAAAAUAG